AGACGUCUUGAAGUACUUCUGUUUUUAACGCGGUGGCUCUCGGCCCCACUUUAUAAACUGGAUAACGAAAUGAGUGAAAAUAGCGGAGAGUGGCGAUAACCUUCGACCGACGAUGAAGCGGUGCGGAAACGGUUUACGUAAAUGCUGUAGCAAGUACAAAUUACUAAUUAUUAUAUUAGUCUUGUUAAUAAUUACUAUAAUCGCAGCCAUCGUCGUCUGGGUUACUUUACGAAAACCAAAAAUAGAAACCUUAGUAAAAUCUAAACCCGAAAUCAAUGAUUUUCGUCUACCUUCGAGUCUUACACCCUUGCGAUACUACGUGUCGGUUCGACCUUACCUAACUCCUGACGAUUGCCACUUCGAAGGAAACGUGGAAAUUAUAAUGGAGUGCCAAGAGAAAACGGACUUGGUCGUUCUCCAUUCGCACAAUUUAUCGAUCGUCGAAGGAAGUAUCGAACUUCAAAAUUUAAAAGAAGGAAGCAUCCUAAAAUUAUACGACGUUCAAUACAAAACGGAGUUCGAUUUUUUGAUUUUGCAGUUCCGAGAAAAUUUGCGAAACGGCUACCAAUAUCGUUUAUCUGUAAGUUUUAGCGGAAAGUUAAGAACGGAUUUUAAAGGAUUUCACAUCUCUUCCUAUCUGGAAAGGAACGUCUCUCAUAUGGUGGCUCUAACGCAUUUCGAACCGUUUCACGCCAGAAAGACUUUUCCGUGUUUCGACGAACCCGCUCUGAAAGCCAAUUUCGACGUCACGAUCAUAAGAUGGAAAAAUAUGACUUCACUCUCCAACAUGCCCAAAUUAAAAACCAUCGUUUGGGACGACGACUGGGAAGCCGACAUUUUUGAUACCUCUGUGAAAAUGUCUACGUAUUCCUUGUCAUUUUUUGUCGGUCGUUACGUGUCAUCAAGAAAUAACAAGAUAACUGUGUGGUAUCCACCGAAACAUUCGAAUUAUUUAAUUACCGCCUUGAAUUUUGCGCCUAAAUUUUUGAAAUUUUACGAAGACGUUUUGAAAGUCCCUUAUACACUUCCAAAAUUAGAUUUGGUGUCGGCUGAUUGGCCUCAUCGAGCUAUGGAAAACUGGGGACUCAUCAUCUGUUCGGAAAAACUAAUUUAUAGUGAAAAAUUUUCCUCUGGCUACAGGCAAAGAAUUAUUGCAAAAAUUUUAGCCCAUGAAACUGCGCACCAGUGGUUCGGUAAUCUAGUAACUCCAAAAUGGUGGAACGAUAUUUGGUUAAGCGAAGGUCUAUCGACUUAUAUGGAACACGUAGCCACCUCCGCCUUCUUCCCCCAAUGGAACAAGGUGGACAAAACUUUAGUUUUGGCAGCUAAAGAGUUAUAUCCGAGAGAUUGUUUGGACGAAGUAUCGGCAGUUUCUAAAUCGUAUAAUUUAGAAAAUUCGUUAUUGGAGGAAAGUUUUGACGUUUUCACGUACAUAAAGGGAGCCGUUGUUACUCGGAUGACGCGUCAUAUUUUCGGAGAUGACGUGUUUUGGAAGGCCUUAUCGAUAUAUUUGAAAGAAAAUUCUUUUAAAAAUGUGGAAGAAAAAGAUUUUUGGAAUUACUUUAUUAAGGAAAGUAAACAUGUAUUAUCGAAAGGAGGAAAACUGGAUUUAACGGAAAGUCUGUCGACUUGGACCAAACUGAAAGGCAUGCCAAUAGUUACUGCGAAUACGAAUUACACCGAAGGAACUGUUUUCUUAUCGCAGAUUUCGUGCAGAGCAAAAACCUCAACUGAGCAUAAAAGAGAUUUGUGGCAUAUACCGAUAUCUUACGCAACUUCUUUAUCUCCGAAUUUUCAAAACAAUUCUUCGAACAUCAAAUACUGGUUGACGACUGUAAAUGCUACGAUGGAAAACGUAUUUAUGAGCAAAAGUGGAUGGUUAUUGCUCAACGAUCGGAGCCAAGGCUAUUUUGUCGUCAACUACGAUUCUAGGAACUGGAAACUCCUGGCCAAACAACUAAAAAAAGAUAAUAAGGUAUUCACACCCGAUCAGCGUUUCAAAUUACUGGCAGAUGUUGCUAUUUUACUAGAUUUGAACUAUUUGGACUGGGAUCUAUCGUUGGAUGUAUAUUCUUAUAUCGGCAACGAAAAUGAAUUAUCCGUUUUGCAAUUUGGAGUUUUCGAUCGUUUGCAAAAAUCUACCGAAUUAAUCAAGCAUAAUGAAUACGAAGACGUGUGGAAUGUAAGUAUAAAACGAAUGUCAUCAAAUUCCUAAACUUUAAACUAAGAUAAAAUAGAUAAAAGUCGCUGAACUUAUACUUAGAGAUUAUAUUAAUAGUUCUUUGAAUAUUUUAACAAGUUUAGAAAAAUUUCGAAUAUUUUAAUUGUGAAUAAAGUUGCAUUUUCAAUUAAAAGCUAUUAAAAAUUUCGUUUUCUGCUUCUAAUUCAUCUAAUUUUUAUUAACAUUAUUUUAAAAAAUCGAUUAUGUUUAUGUUGAGCAUUACGCCGCGCUCAAUAAUAUGAUAAAAUCACGAAGAAUUAACUUUUUUAAGGAUACUAACGAGACUUUCUUUUAAUUGAUAACUUUAGUAAAGCCCGGCAGCAUGAUUAACCUACUGCCAGGCUUUAC